UUUUGAUAAAAGGGCCCCCGUUCGGUCCCAUCUCAUCCCUUUGAUUCAUUAGACCAACUAUUUGUGCGCAUUCCUGUUGCGUGUCUUUUAUGUGUCCCUUGCCCUCCUUUAAUUCUUUUCUUUCCUGAGAUAUAAAUGACGGCAGAGAGUUGCAUUUUCGUCGUCGCUCCCUAGAUUCAAUUUUCCUCAGACUUCGUCUUGUCGAUUCCCCCCUUACAAUGGGCCUUCUACAGGACACCACCGGCCCGCUGGUAGAUGCCUUCUACCAGCUGGGCACUGGGGCGCAGGUUGGUGUUGCCUUCGUCAGCUUCAUCUUCCUCUCGGUCUUUUUCCACGUAGCGCAGCAGAUCUUCUUCAAGAACCCCCAUGAGCCGCCCGUCGUCUUCAGCUGGUUCCCCGUCGUCGGUUCGACGGUCACGUAUGGAAAGGACCCGCCACAGUUCUUCCGGGACAUGGCCAAGAAGUACGGCAACAUCUUUACCUUCAUUCUCCUCGGAAAGAAGACAACCGUCUACAUCGGCACCGAAGGCAACGAGUUCAUCCUCAACGGCAAGCUGCGCGAUGUCAAUGCAGAGGAGAUCUACGGACCCAUGACCACUCCCGUGUUCGGCAAGGACGUCGUCUAUGACUGCCCCAACGCCAAGCUGAUGGAGCAAAAGAAGUUUAUGAAGAUCGCCCUCACCACCGAGGCCUUCCGUUCUUACGUUCCUAUCAUUGCCGACGAGGUUUCGAGCUACCUGAAGCGGACCCCCGCCUUCAAGGGCCCGUCGGGCGUCGUCAACAUCCCGCCCAAGAUGGCCGAGAUUACCAUCUUCACCGCCUCGCACGCCCUCCAGGGUAAGGAGAUCCGCGACCAGUUCGACGAGACCCUGGCCGAUUUGUACCACGACCUCGACAUGGGCUUCCACCCGGUCAACUUCAAGCUUCACUGGCUACCCCUCCCCCGCAACAUCCGCCGCGACAAGGCACAAAAGACCAUCGCCAAGAUCUACAUGGACACCAUCCAGCGCCGCCGUGCGAAGGGUAAGGACUCCGAGGCCAAGGAUAUGAUGUACCACCUUAUGAACUCGACCUACAAAAAUGGCACCCCCGUCCCUGACCACGAGAUCGCCCACAUGAUGAUCGCUCUCCUGAUGGCCGGACAGCACUCGUCGUCGUCCACCAGCUCCUGGAUCAUGCUCCGCCUCGCCAGCCGCCCGGAUAUUAUGGAGGAACUGUACCAGGAGCAGGUCCGCGCGCUGGGUGCCGACUUGCCCCCUCUCCGCUACGAGGACCUCGCCAAUCUGCCUCUCCACCUCGCCGUCAUCAAGGAGACUCUCCGCCUCCACGCUCCGAUCAACUCCAUUCUCCGCGCCGUGAAGCAGGACCUCCCCGUUCCGGGUACCAACUACGUCAUCGCCAAGGACACCACCGUCCUCGCCGCCCCCGGAUACUCGGCCGGUGACCCCAACCACUUCCCUGAGCCGGAACUUUGGGAGCCGCACCGUUGGGAGGCCGACUCGCGCCUGGCUCCACGCAUCUCGAUGAGCAACGACAACGAUGAGGAGGAGAAGAUUGAUUACGGAUACGGCCUCGUCAGCAAGGGUACUACCUCUCCUUACUUGCCCUUUGGCGCCGGUCGCCACCGCUGCAUCGGUGAACACUUCGCCAACGUCCAGCUUCAGACCAUUGUCGCCAUGAUUGUGCGCGAGUUCAAGUUCCGCAACGUCGACGGCAGCGGCAAGGUCGUCGGCACCAACUACGCCUCGCUCUUCUCCAGGCCUGAGGAGCCCGCCAAAAUUUACUGGGAGAGGCGCUAAAGGGGCAAGAGAAAAACAAAAAGUAAAACAAACCCCAAAAACAAUAUCUUGGUGGGUGGUUGCUCCUUGCAGUUUUCCGGUCAGGUUAUCCAACAAGUGUGGGAAAGGCACCCAGCCAAGAUGAAGAUCAGAACAAGUUUCUUGUACAUAGAGUUAUAGAGCUUUUGAGAUUUUGGCGGUGGGAGGUUUCUGGCAUGCUCUGAGCAUUUUGCGCCAUCUUUUCCAUCAAAGAAAUGCGAAAUCGGCGGCCGGUUAGAGAUGGAUAUAUAAUUACUAAUAGCAAUACGAGACGUUAUGACGAUGAAA